AUGAGCUCGGCACCGUCGGAGUCGCGGCACGCGCGGCGCAGUCGCAUGUCGCUCUUUGCAAGCGAGAGGUCGCUCAAUGACCAAGUAUGGAAAGGUUACGAGCGUAUCGUGGGCUUCGACACGAUGCCUGAUGCGGAGGACUCGGUGAGCUGCAAUGCGACGUACACGCUGCAAGUGAAGGCCAAGGGCUAUGCACGCACCAAGCACACGCGCACGUUCAUGUGCGCCGUCGACGCUACAGAGAGCAGCGAACGCGCGCUCGAGUGGAUCAUGCACAACCUUGUGGACGAUGGCGAUGAGAUCGUGGCAGUGCGUGUGCUCGACUGGGAGCAGGACCAUGUCGAUCAGGAAAAGGCACGCAUUGGCGCCCGCAGUCUGCUUUCGUCGAUCGUGGAGCUGAACGAGGCGUCAGAUGCAGGCCGCAAGAUCUCCGUCACGGUCGAGUUCCUGACAGGCCCCAUCAAGCCAACGAUCCUUGAGCUCGUGCGCAUGUACCGCCCCCAGAGCCUGACGAUCGGCACUCGCGGUAAGCAGGUAUCGGCUCUUCAGAAGAUGCUCGGUUCCACGCCGCUCGGCAACCUGAGCAAAUCGCUCAUCUGGCAGUCGCCCGUGCCUGUCAUUAUCGUGCGGCCUGAGGACCGGAUCCAGAAGCAUCUAUUUAAGCGACUUGCAGACCCGCGGCGCCACGAGUACAUGCAUCUCGUUCAACAUGACCAGCUGCCGCUCUCGCGCUCCCGCGACUAA